AUGGCACCCACACAAGAGCAAAAGCGACGAAUGAGGAAUGACCGCAAAAAGCGUAAGAAAUACGAAAUAAGAGAGAAGAGAAAAGCAAAACAGGUAGCUGGGCUGAACUUAAAAUUUGAAGCUGCUCUCCGCGCAGUCAACGACGAAGCAACCCGUAACAAAGACCUCGCUUCGAAGUACUAUUCCUUGUGGAAAAGGUGCGCAAAACAGAAAAAGGAAAUUGCGCAGUUACUGGAUAAAACUUGUAAGAGGGUAGGUAAACCUAAAAACCCAUUUUUUAUAUUACUUAAGUCUUCUAACCAGGGCCGUGCCAACCGGUUUCUGGGGGUCCGCAACACAACAUUUCCCAGAAAAUUUCUUAAUUCAGCGCACAUAUGCUUCAUUUUUAACAAAUUUUGCAAUUCCAGCAUGCCAGGGCCCCCUCCCCGCACGUUAGGCACCCUUUUUUUUUAACUUUUUGGGGGUGUUACCCACACACACACACACAGGUGGCAUGGCCCUGCUUCUAACCAGUGGGUAUAGUGUUGGUGUUGCAUAAUACAGAUUAGAGAGGGGGAUGCGUCAUACUUAUUGGAGGGGAAUGCUUAUUUGGCGGGGGGCGGCUUAAUAGAGAGCUUAAAAUUUCGAGUAAAAUCAUUUGGCAUUAGACAGAGUAAAAGAAUAAAGCAGAGCGCAUUUGGGCAUAUUGCCGCUCAAAUUAAACAGCUGUUCUAAAAGCAAACAUAAGCUAGCAUGUUGUGUUAACAUUUCAAGUGGCCAUUUCAACAAGGUCUUACUUUUUGAUAUGUAAUUAUUGGGCUUCGAUGGUGCAUGAAACCAUUGGCUUUUCACCUCUAAAGCUGGAGUAAUAUGAGCCACAAAAUUGCUGCAACUUGCAACAAAAUCUGAUUUCAAUUCAUGUUAAGUAGAAAUAUUGACACAUGUUGUCUCGUGAUUUGUAAUUUAUGUGUAAACAUUUCAAUUAACAUGCGUCAAUAUCAGAUUUUGUUGCAAGUUGCAGCUAUUUUGUUGCCCAUAUUACUCCACCUUUUAAGGUUGUGGGUUCGAUUCUCAGUAUAGGCUUCUCGAUGUGACUCGAACCCAGUCCUCAUGUAGUCAUGUGAACAAAGUAUAAGUCAAUACUCUGCCAAAAGUUCUGGGUUUCCAUCAGGUACUCUGGUUUCUUCCCACAGGGAAGUUGACAGGGUGGGUUAGGUAAUACGGACUCACAGUAAUUGGCAUAUGCUGUUGUGGUGACCCUUGCCCUUGUGGCAAAGCUAAAUAAAUACCCAAUACAAAUAUGAGAUAUUCUAACAAACAAUAUAUUAUGCUAAUUAGUCAAACUAUUUUACAGAAGUCUUAUGUAGAUAUUGGUGCACAUGAAAAAAGUAUGUCAACUUAUGUAUUUUCCCAAGUGCUACCAGAAGAACUUGAAGAUGUUAACCAAAUCUUAGGAGCAGGAACAUUUGGAGAAUGCCAUCUCAAACAAUAUUUGCGGUUAGGAAUACGUGUGGUUGAGAAAAAGUUGGUUGAAAGUGAUCUGAAAUUACUUUAUGAUGAAGCAUAUUACAUGCAGUUAUUUUCACAUCGAUGUGUGCCUCAUCUGAUAGGAAUCCAGACCCAAAUAAAGCCAUAUUCUCUCAUCAUGGAAUUUCUUGGACAUGGAGUGGAAUCUAUGACAGUGCACAGGUUACUUUUCGACGCUGUAUUUAGUGAGCAGAAAUCCAGAAUGUUGCUUCCAAACUGGUUUAGAGUAUGCUAUGACAUAGCUGAUGCUUUGCAUUAUAUUCAUGAAAAGGAAUAUUUGCAUUGUGACUUGAAGUCAAAUAAUGUUUUGGUUUGCAACCAAAAGGGUUAUUUGAUUGAUUUCGGAAAAGUCUGUAAGGUCAGGAAUCCAAGAGCAAAGAAAUAUAAAACAGUAUAUCCCCAUAUUGCACCAGAAGUACUUAAUGGUCAUCCAGUCAGUAAGGCCAGCGACGUGUUUUCAUAUGGUAAAAUCCUUAAGAUCAUUGGUGAGCAGCUUAGAAACAAGGAACUUCUAUCAAUGGGGGAUAAAGCUUCUGAAUCUUUACCAAGUAGGAGACCAAGCCUUCUAGGAAUUUUAACAGCUUUGCAACCAUCGAUGGCUAAAAAUUAUUAA